AGUAAUGUGGUCACAAUCAAACGUCCGACCUGGGUUGUCUUCACGUUGAGCCGCAGUUCAUCUUGUCGACGGUGGCGUCACAAUCGCUCCGGUAGACCAAGUCAUAAGCUCAUCGCGUGUAAACCUAUCGAGCCACACGCCUCUGCCAACCUUCGACUGUAUAUGACAGCAGCAUGACCGGGGAGACAGAGGAGUUACCACGGACGCCCGUGAACCCAUCAGAGGCCGGAGAAGGAUCUCAAUGUGCCGACGCUGCAGCGACUAACGACAACUUGCAAUCACCGGCGGCCAGUCGGUCUGCUCCGCCAUCCACACGGGCAGCAGACGCUGAGAAUCGCAGCUCGUCCCCGUCCAUGGGUCCGCCCAUGUCCGAGAGCGCCAUGUCGUCAUCUCUGGAGCUGCUGGGACCACUGGGCGUCGAGCGCGACGGGCUGGGUAUUAAAGGGUAUCUGAGCAUGCGUGACGAGGGUGUGACGUACCACCGCAUGAAGCGCUUCUACUGCCGCUGCGUGGGUGUCAACUUCUCGCGCUUCGCGUCUCGAGACGCAGCCUCUGCUAUGAUUGCGGCGCUAUUUAGUGCCGAGGUUCAGAAGGUUGAAGCAUGGGACGGCAAGGGUCUUUGGCACACAUACCGCCAUUCGUUUAAGCUAUCGUUCACGUCAGGCGUCGUGUUUAAUGUAGACGCCGACUCGGAGGAGGACAAACGUCAGUGGAUCGAGUACAUCGAGACGGCUCUGAAAGGAACGGAGGCAGCAGUCGAAAAGUGGAGUGCGCAUGCCUCAGUGAGCCCUAACAUCAUGGAACUAACACCUGGCGGUCUUGCGUUUGCUGAGAAGAAAUGCAGCCCGCCCAAGUUUAAAAAUGAUACGACGUGUUGUCACCCAGGUUGCCAUGUACGAUUUGACAGCACCGGGAAGAGACAGCAUCACUGUCGGAAUUGUGGAGGAUCUGUGUGCUCGGACCACAGCUCGCGGUUUGCCAUGCUUCGACAUUUCCACAUGAAUCACGCAGUGCGUCUGUGCAUGGGCUGUUAUCGUGUACAGCGCUUUGUGUUGUGGCUCGAGAUGCUAUUACAGCGUCUUAGCAUUUCCCAAACAGAGGAAGAUGGGAUACGAAAGCCCACUCUGUCUAAGGCUGACGAAGAAGAAGUGGAAGCUUUGUUUGCGAUCUUUGGAGACGAUGCCUUUGGCAUUUCGGAUGUAAUUCAGGUUCUUCAUUUGCAUCGCCAUGGGUGCGAUGAAGCGUACGCUUACGCUGUGAACAAACUACUGGAACUUUCGGCCACCAAUCUCGCGGAUUUUGAGUUCUUUCUACCGCAAAUAUUUCACAUGUGGCUAACAGUGGACUGGACGAACAACAAUAUUAAAGCGGCACUGCUAUUCCGAGUAAUUUGUUAUGCGACUCAGUUGCACAUUCGCCUAGCUACAGCUAUCUACUGGCUAACCCGCGCAGCAAUCGACGACAGCUGUGGCUGGGGCUUCGGGCAGUCGGAGUUGUAUGUACCCGACUUCCUGUAUCGGAAGAUGAGCAUGUGUAAGUUAUUGAUGAUCAACGUGGAGAUGCAGAUUUCCCAUGGCGACUGGUCUUUUGAAACAGACAAGGAUUUACCGGCUUCGACGGAGCAAAUUGCCAUCAUUAAGUGCUUGUUCGAUCGCCUGUUAAUUCUCGUCCACACAAACACGAAGGCCACGAUUCCGCUUGGUGCAAUUUGUGAAACUAUCAGUGGUUGCUCGAUCCCUCGGGAAUUUUUACUUCCUAGCGAUGCACUGUUAGAUGAUUCUCAUCGCGAUAACGGAGAGGAACGUCGUAUCUUUACCACGCAGAUCCAGUUCAUCGAGGAGCUGUGCGCAAUGACUGAAAGACUGAGAUUCUGUGCUCCUCACGAGCGUAAGAAAGCUUUAAGGAAUGAACUUCAGAAGAUUCAGCUACCAGAAGGGGCUUUUUGCCCACUAGGCUCAUGUGAGCAUCCACUUCAACGGCUCCUCACGAUUGCAAAAGAAGAAGGAACGGUUUUCACUACGAGGGCUCGUGCGCCUACACUCAUUUUCUUCGAAGUUGCAAGGCUAACGACAGCAUGCGAAAAGAAUGCGUGGUUACACCGUGGUAGAUCUCUUACGUUCGGCAUCCAACACAACAAGGACGAGGAGAUUAUUGACGUUAACGGGCUUGAAGUGCUGGUUCCUGCCUCUGAAGCCGAAGUAGCGAAAGAUGCCAUUGAAAUGGCCACAAGCAGCGAAAUUGCUCAAGUGAUUGCGAUGGAUACUUUUUCUGGUGACGAGGAUGAGCAGGACAAUGCUGACCCUACUGACGAAAAGAAUGUACCAAAGAGCCCAGGAGACGAAUCAUCAUCAGACAGUGACGAUGACGAUAGCGAAAAGGAGGAGCUAAGAGAUCGGGUUUUCUCUGACCCUCCACCACCUCUCGUUGCCCUGGCUCGAGCAGUGGGCGGUAAGAAAAAGCGAAGUCGCCGUGGCCGAUCUGGUUCGCUAAUGAACUCGACCACAAAGUCGCUGGACUCUAUCAUUGCAUCAUGCGCUGAUACGAUCAAGAUUCGACGAAAGCGCUCAAUCAGUGAGGGUUCUGGGUUCAGCGGGCUUGAGAAAUCGCAGCCUAACAAUCUGAGUGCAAUGCCGAGUGAGAUCGAAAACUUCACAGACGAUCAGUUGAUCUCCAUGGCCCAAAACAUGGAGAUAAGUAUGAUGGAAAGUAACCCCUCUGGACAUGGUGCUUUUACGGGCAAGCAGAUCGUUGACUGGAUGACAAAAAACGAGAUAGUAUCAGAUAAAGCACACGCGUUGUGGCUUGGUAGUGAACUGCUUCGCUGCGGCGCUCUGGAGAAGACUUCGCUCUCAUCCAAUUCAUUCAGUGGUUUUGCGGCUAAUGAUGAGACAUCGUAUCGGUUGAAGAGUGAAUCGAGCGCAGUUUUCCGAUCCCUUGAGCGUCGUCAUACGCUGCAAUACGAUGCUCCGCCGGUGUUAGAGCAGUCACCGCGAUCAACACAAGAAUUAAUCUCGGAGUCCAGCGAUCGGGAGAAGUCUAUGACUCGCACAUCGUCGCGUCUAACGUUGAAACCCCAAGAAACGAAGGUGGACAUUGCUGGCUUAGCCGAUGCCGUCGAUGCCAACUUGACAGGGGCAACUACUGAAAGUGCCCCGACUUCGUCCUCAAAAGCUUCAAGACCACUCCAGGAAUACCUCGCAGGCUCCUCUGACGAUAGACGUUCAAUUGCUUCGAACGUCCACGGUGGCUCGUUCAUUUUGAAAUUCGACCCAGACGUAGCUGUUGCAGCCAUGAACUCGGUGGAGCAAGCAAUGCAGCAAUAUGUUCUCCUGCAAGAGGAUGUAGCGAACACUGCCCAACUAAGCGAAGACCUCCGCGUACUUAAGGAGCAGCUGAGUAUUGUGUACGAAUAUGUCAUCGAGAAACGGAAGCGUCUUCACGUUGCGGUGGAAUCAGCAUUUGGAGAAAGCUUUGAAGAGAAAAAAGAGCGCUUGCGCGAAAUGUCAUCCCACGUGGUGGCAUCAGAGGCAAAGGAUUGGGACUGCAUCGCGUUCAUCGUGAAAUCUAAUGACGACUUGCGGCAAGAAGUUUUGUGUCAGCAGAUCAUUCGUCAACUUCAAGAUAUUUUCCACAGCGCGAACUUGCCUCUUCGGCUGUUGCCGUACGAGAUCAUUGCGACUUCGGCGUCUACCGGAAUGAUUGAGUACGUCAAGAAUGCGGUGUCUCUUGAUGCUUUGAAGAAGAGGGACAACUACACCACGCUAGCGGACCAUUUCCUGAAAACCUACGGCCAGGCGGAUUCUGCGGCUUACAAGACAGCAAUGACGAACUUUGUGCGGAGCAUGGCUGCGUAUUCUUUGGCAUGCUACUUCUUGCAAAUAAAAGACCGGCACAACGGCAACAUUAUGAUCGACAGCGACGGUCACGUGAUCCAUAUCGACUUCGGCUUUAUCCUCGGCAUCGCUCCUGGUGGUCGGUUUAGUCUGGAGACAGCUCCUUUCAAGCUCACAGGCGAAAUGGUUGACGCGAUGGGAGGAACUCAGUCGGACUAUUUCAAGGCCUACGUCAUAUUCCUCAUCCAAGGCUUUUUGGCUCUACAGCAACACGCCGAUACCAUUCUGAUGAUGAUCGCCAUCAUGGCGCAAGAGUCGUCUUGCCCAUGCUUCCUGUCCCAGAACCCACGAGACAUCUUGAGCGCCACCAAGCAGCUCUUCCGCCUCGACUACAACCAAAGCCAGGUCAUCAAGCAUGUCAUCAGUCUCGUCCGUCGCAGCCACAACAGCUAUCGUACACGCCAGUACGACGUUUUCCAGCGAAUGACAAAUGGCAUUUUGCCCUAAAGCGUAGGAAAGCAAGAAAUCGAAAAUACGAAUAUAUGGAGAGUUAGCCGAUUUUCCCAGUUCACCCCGGCGGUGAUCAGAUACUCCAUCCUUUAUUCCGGGUUGACUUUACGAGGGCGACCACGCGGGCGGCCAGUGGCCGUGCUAGUUUUGGCCUUCGCCUUCUUGGGGGAUGAAAACGGGUUCUUGGACGACUUUUUCAGCUUCGCCACGGGCAUGCUACCAAGCGAAAAGCGAUUCCGCGAGAGGGUCGGCAUCAACACACUAUUGGAUUCCUGCGCUGCAGAAAUUACGACGUGUAACGUUGAGACGCUGGGAUUUACGUGUGCCAAGAUAAUAAGAAUACCACGUACAUUUCUGCGUAAGCUCCGACGAAAGCAUAUCCUGCGAUUCUUCCAGAUCUUGCGAUGUUUCUACUGUGGAAUCGUCGCUCAUGUCAAUCAUGUUUGACUUUUUCUCUUUCUUGAC